AGAGAGGGGAAACUGAGUGUGGGCUAGCAGGUAGAGGGGAGGUUUAGUCUGGCGGCCUACACAGCUGGCUGCUCCGCCACCCCCGGUGCGCAUGCGCGCGCUGGAGGCGGCCCGCCGCCGCCACGCCAGGGCUGUACUCAUAACGGGCGCUCCAAAGAAUCCUGGAGUUCCGCUUCGCGACUGAACAAUACUACCAACCGAUGCCAAAUUUUCAGAGAAGAAAAUCUGCGCAAAUUGAGACAAUACGACACCAAUAGCGCAAUUCUAUUUCUAUGACUGUACACUUAUUUGUAAAUUUCAAAUUUUUCCCAAAUUUUUUAUUCUAAAAUGAUGGGCUGAUGAUGUGACAUUAGACUGUAUUGUACGCUGUUGCGUUUACAAUGAUGCAAACGCCUUAUGAACGUGGCCUAGCGCAACUUUCCCAUUGAAGGGCGCGUUCGCCGGUGCCAGUAGCGUAGCAAGAAGAUCUUGUCGCGUGAUCAUUGUGCACGCGGUUACCGCUCCCUUCGACGCUCGGAGCUCGAUUCUCGGCACUCGUCGACACUGACACAGAACGGCCGAGAACGGCCGAGCGCAGCUCCGGAGGCAGCGUGUGUUUCACGGUAGGGUGAGUGACUAGGAUUUAUGCUUUAAUAAAACGUUGCAUAAGCGCUUCCAAGACGACGGCGAGUGCAGCGAGGGCAAAUUACUCUUACUGGACCCAAUUUGCGGCCCGAUAGCAACAUAUUUGUGCUGGAGAUAUCUCUUAAUUGAACACGAUGACGAACGAGAGGCUGGACCUGGAUAAACCUUUGUGGGAUCAAAACACUUUUGUGGGAAGAUGGAAAUACUUCGCGUGGAUGACCGACUUUCGCACUUGCGUCAAACCAGAAUCAGAGCUGCUAGCUGCUAAACAGCUGUGCGAACAAUAUAGAAUUGGUAAAGAGCCAACUGAUACUACCAGAGAGCAAAUUAUCUAUGCGAGAAAGUUGUACGAGUCCGCUUUUCAUCCUGAUACCGGCGACCUGCAGAAUGUCUUUGGCAGAAUGUCUUUUCAGGUGCCAGGAGGAAUGGCCAUCACCGGCGCUAUGCUUCAAUUUUACAGGACAACUCAGGCAGUAGUUUUUUGGCAAUGGGUUAACCAAUCUUUCAACGCGCUCGUCAAUUACACAAACAGGAACGCUAACAGUCCUAUAACGACUAAUCAGCUAGGUGUAGCUUACGCUAGUGCUACCGUUGCAGCAAUGAUAACUGCGAUAGGAUGUAAAUCGUAUUGGGAAAAGCGUGCGAGUCCUUUAAUGGCUAGAUAUGUUCCGUUCGCUGCAGUAGCGGCCGCUAAUUGCGCUAAUAUCCCUCUAAUGAGACAGAACGAAAUUGCGAACGGUGUAGAUCUCGUUGACGAGGACGGUAGGAAACUUACAAAAUCAAAGCUCGCGGCUGUGAAAGGCAUCAGUCAAGUCGUCAUCUCGAGAAUCGUCAUGUGCGCGCCCGGCAUGCUUAUCCUACCUCCCAUAAUGGAAAAAUUGGAGAAAUACGCGUGGAUGCAAAGAAUUAAACCACUGCACGCGCCGAUACAAAUUAUGAUGUGCGGAAUUUCGCUGACGCUUAUGGUGCCGACGGCAUGUGCGUUAUUCCCACAAAAUUGCUCCGUCAAGGCGACUACUUUACAGCGCUGGGAGCCGGAAAACUAUGAACUUCUGAAGAAGAACUGCGAAGGCGGCAAACUGCCGACAUAUUUAUAUUUCAACAAGGGAUUAUAAUGGAAAGUUGUAGUUUUAUGAAAGUGGUGUAUAAAUUAGUGUUAUUCCAUCCUUUAUAAAUAUCGUUGUUUCAAAUGAUACAGUGAUGGUAAAUUCUUCUGCUGGAUCAGAGAUGAACUCAAAAUCAAUAUAACUUAUUGUGUUAGAGUCAAUUAUUAUAAUAGAAAUUCUAUGAAUUUGCUAUUGAAAAUUUAUGCACAGAUCUUUUUUAUGAUUUACAAUAUUAAAUUUUGGUUAUUCCAAAACAUCUCACCAAUACUUAAAUUAGUGUUUAGUCAAUUUUAAAUUAGGAUUUAGUCGCAAAGCGUAAUCUGUCCACAGAUGAUAAAAUAAAAUUCCGUCGGCACGCUGAAAUAUCUUACAAUGAGAGAGAAAUUGAUAUAGUCGCAAUGCAAUAGAAACGAUAAAUAGUAAAGGAUGAAAUGCUGACAAUAUAAAUUGGUGCUUUACGAACGUAUAUCAUUACAAAGCAAUAAUUUUAUUUCAAUAAGUGCUUAAUUGUUCCUCGUCUUAACGUUAAUUUAUAAGUUUCGCAUAUAUUUUAAAUGCAACAUUACUUAAGUCUUGUGAAAUGUUACUUAAUAUUAAAUCAAUAUUAUUAAAUUUCAAAAAAAAUCUAUCAAAAGUAAAAAUGCUGCCACAUAUAGACACGAUAAGAAAUUUUGUUAUAUAAUAUAUAAUUAAUGAAUGAUAAUAGAUAUCAUGACAGUAAUGUCAAUAAAUGUUGUUCGGUAAUUAAAUAUUAUUUUGCUUACUCUCUAAAAUUUUUGGAGUGGAAUUUCAUCUAAAAGAGUGGAAUUCCACUUCAAAGAAUUUAGAGAGUAUACAUAGCUUUAUCUUAUUAUUAAAUAUUUCGGGAGAUGAAAACUUCAGAGAUUAAAUGAAAAAUCUAAUAGUAUAUGUAUAUUUAUACAAAAUAGAAUAUAAAUUUAUUUUUUUAUUUAUCUACAA